AUGUUGAAUGUCUGUGCUAUAAUUGACAAAUCUAAGCUCUUUUUCACCAUUACUACUUUCACUUCCAUGCCUUGUCUUCCCAUGCAGGAUGCUUGGGUUCAGAAAACAGGAAAUGCCAGGAUGACUGAUGAAGAUGUGGUUGUAGGGUUGAUCUUUUUAUCCCAGACCACAGCUGGACUUCUGGGCAAUUCUUUUCUCCUCUACCACUAUUUGUUGCUAUAUUUCAUGAGGUACAAGUUAAACUUCACAGAUUUGUUACACAACUAUUUGAUGAUAGCCAACUUCUUGACUCUUCUGUGUAAAGGAGUACCUCAGACAAUGACAGCUUUUGGUUUGAAAGGUUUCCUCAGUGAUUUGGAAUGCAAACUACUUUUCUAUCUUCACAAAAUGGGCAGAGGUGCAUGCAUUUGUAGCACCUGCUUCCUGACUGUCCUCAUGGCCAUCAGCAUCAGCCCCAGGAGCUCCACAUGGGCAGUGGUUAAAGCCCAAGCUUCUAAGUACCUUGGCUCCUGCAUAUACCUGAACUGGAUCCUGUACAUAUUGAUGGGCACUAAUAUUCUUAUGUACAUGACUGGACAAUUCAGCUAUAGCAACAUGACAAUUCUACAUGAUUUUGGAUACUGUUCCUUUUGUCUGGACAGAACUGGUCAAACACUGCAUGCAGUAUUUCUUCCAUUUCCUGAAGUCACGUGUGUGGGGCUCUCACUGUGCGCCAGCAGCUUUAUGGUUUUCAUCUUGCACAGGCAUAAGCAGAAAAUGCAACAAUUCCACAUGACUGAACUCUCUCCCAGGCCCCCUCUUGAAUCCAGGGCUACCAAAUAUAUCCUUCUUCUUACCAGCACCUUUGUCUGUUUUUAUACAAUCUCCUGUAUUGUCCGGCUUUCCCUGGAGUUGAUGAACAAUCCCAGCUUGUUACUACGGAAUAUGGCUGCAAUAAUAUCUGGGUGCUUUCCAACUCUGAGUCCCUUUUUGAUCAUGAGCCAGUACCCCAGUGUUUCCAGUGUCUGCUUUCCCUGUUCACUAAAUAGAAAAUCUUCCAAACAUGGUUACAAAAUGUAA